AUGAGCCCAUUCGCCAAACGGAACGAUCCGUCUGCUGCCUUGGACGAAGCUGGACCUUCUAGUACCCCUGUACAAGAUGAAGAAGUGGUAGAUGGGUCGAAUGGAGAAUUGGAUCCGCCUAAUCCAUCUUUUGCAGGAGAUGAUAGGCAGCGGAAGGGGAGUGCAGCAACUAUAGGAUCGGGGAAAGAGAAGAAAAAAGGUGCUGGAUUGACGGAAGGAGAUGAUAGUGUACCCGACUUUCCGGAAAACAAUCUCAAAGUAGUCAUGCCAGCAAUUGGAUUGGUGUUGUUUUUAGCUGCAUUGGAUCAGACUAUUGUGGCUACCGCAUUGCCAACCAUCGCAGAAGAUCUUCACGCCUCGCCGUCGGAGUAUUCGUGGGUAGGAACGUCCUAUCUACUGGCAUCGACAUUGCAGACUCCAAUCAAUGGUCGAGUAUCAGACAUAAUAGGUCGUAAACCGAUGUUAUAUGCCGCCAUCGUCAUUUUCACCAUCUUUUCAGCUCUCUGUGGUGCAGCAAAAAGCUCGAGUUGGUUGAUCAUUGCCAGAGCAUUCCAAGGCUUAGGAGGUGGAUCGAUUAUUGGUUUGACGUCGAUAGUUGUGUCCGAUAUCGUACCAUUGCAUAAAAGAGGGACAUAUCAAGGAUUUUUGGGAUCGGCUUGGGGCAUUGCAGCAGUACUGGGACCUAUUUUAGGCGGCCUGCUAACGGAAAAGGCAUCUUGGCGAUGGUGUUUCUACAUCAAUCUUCCCACUUGUGGUAUCGCCCUUGUUCUUCUCAUUUUCACCUUGAAGCUGAAUCCACGGAGAAAGCUCACGUUCGCCGAACUGAGCCGUACAUUCGACUUCAUAGGGCUGGCUUUGAUCAUGAUUGCGUCUGGUCUUCUUAUUGUUGGCUUUUCACGAGCAGCUGAUUACGGAUUUGGUCAACCUUCUUCUUAUGGAAUCAUCAUCGCUGGAGCAAUUACUUUGUUGGCUGCAAUAACCAACUUCCUGUUGACGAAGAGAAACGCUAUUAUACCAGCGAGGAUGUUUAAGAACCGGACUACGGCGUUCUUUCUCCUUGCUUCCACGUUGCACGCUGCUGCUUUCCUUUCUUUCAAUUACCUGCUCCCAGAAUUGCUACAAGGUCUACGAGGAGAUUCUCCUAUCGAUUCGGGUGUCCAUCUCUUGCCCUUUGCGUGCUGCGUCGCAUGGAUGACAGUCGUUGCUGGUCUCAUCAAUUCUCGAUUGAGAAUUAUACGGCCUGUAGCUUGGUUCGGAUACGGGCUCACUGCUAUUGGCUGGGGUCUGUUUUAUCACUUUUACACUGCCGACGUCAAAUUAGCUACUUUGGAAGGUAUACUAGUCAUUGGUGGUAUUGGAGUUGGGCUAUGUCUUCAAGUCCCAAUGUUGAUCUUACAAGCAGCCAUGCCGUUAAAAGAGAUGGCAGCUUCGACAGCCGCAUGGUCUUUAACCAGAAAUAUGGGUGGUAGUAUAGGUCUAGCAGUUUUCACGGCUAUCCUAAAUACUAACCUGAGAUCGAAGUUCUCCGUUAUACCAGGAUAUGGAACAGAGUUUACUGUCCCCGAAUCAGCUUCAGGAUAUAAAGCUUUACAUGAAUUACCCGAAUCAGAAACUAAAGAUCAGAUUCUGGUAGCUUUCGCAGAUAGUUUUAGAGUUUGUUGGAUAGUUGGCUGUGCUUUCUUCGUAGCUGCUUUACUUAUCACACUACCUACUAGAUCAUAUAGUUUGAAUAGAGCAAGGGGUCAAGCUAAUUCGCAACCGAACGCAAAUGAUGUCGAAAAUCAACAAAAUCAAGAUCAAGGUGUUGAAAUGUAUGAAGAGAAAGCUCAAGAAGAGGAACAGGAAAUAGCAGAUCCAAUCACUGGUCAGAAGAGUUUGAAAGGUCCGAUCGUUUCAUCAAGUUCGUCGGAUCGAACAGCUGCGGAAACAGAUAUAUCACAAAAGGGUAAAGAGAAACCCGCAGAGUUGGCAUAA